GGAAGCGACGCCAGCUUCUUCCCAGCUCCGCUGGAUUCCGGCCCCAGCAGCUCCAGGCAAACAGGAAUGUAAUCCACAAUGCUAGUUCUCAGGGUGCUCAAUGUUGUUGCUCCAACCUACUUCCUGUGCAUCUCCUUAGUGACCUUCGUCCUCCAGCUCUUUCUCUUCAUCCCCAGCAUGUUCAAAGACCCUUCCACCACCCCACUUUUCUCUCCUGCUCUGCUGCAUGGGGCCCUCUUCCUCUUCCUCUCCGCUAAUGCCCUGGGGAACUACAUCCUUGUGAUACAGAGCUCCCCUGAGGACCUGGGCAAGUGCCUGAACUCGGGCGGAGGAGCCGAAGCAGUGGCAGCCCGGCCGGAUGGAAGCAGGUCCCCUGGCUCAGCCUUGCCCAGCACCCACUUCUGUAGACUGUGUGCCAGAGUCACCCAAAGACAUGACCACCACUGUUUCUUCACAGGGAACUGCAUCGGGAGCAGGAACAUGCGGAACUUCAUCAUGUUCUGCCUCUACACCUCCUUGGCUUGCCUCGACUCCCUGGUGGCAGGGGUGGCUUACAUUUCGGCAGUGCUCUCUGUGUCCUUUGCUAGCCCACUGGCCUUCCUCACGCUCCUGCCUCACUCCAUCAGCCAGUUCUUCUCAGGAGCUCUCCUCAGCUCUGAAAUGUUUGUCAUACUCAUGCUGUACCUCUGGCUUGGAAUUGGACUUGCCUGUGCUGGCUUCUGUUCCCACCAGAUACUGUUGAUCUUACGAGGGCAAACUCGAUAUCAGGUGCGGAAGGGGAUGGUGGUAAGAGCCCGGCCCUGGAGGAAGAACCUGCAGGAUGUCUUUGGAAAGAGGUGGCUGAUAGGACUUCUUAUUCCUGUGCUAAAUGUGGGAAGUGACUGUCAUAGGCCCAAAGACAAGUAACCCUCCACAACGCACACACCCAAAGGCCCUCCAAGAGGAGGCAGGAAAGGAGGCACUUGCCCCAGGGCCUGGUGAUUCAAAAGGGCCAGGGUUCUCAGCAGCUGCUG